CGGCGGUUUUCAAGUGUGCACACGAGACGCGCUCCGUUCUACGUAGAUUUGUUUUCAAGUAACUCCUAAGGAAAUACCCAUAUACCCAUUAGAACACUCGAUUAUCCGCGGCAAGAUGCUGUCAACAAAGAGCUCUUUCACCGCCCACCUAUUGAUAUUAUUUUUUGGUGGCCUGCUGCUAACUCAUCACUGUGUCCAAGGUCAGGCGAGUAAAGUGUCCUCCAAGUUGGAUUUCGAUGAGAGCGAUGGCAGCAACAAUCAGACGAGCUUAUCCGGUCAGUCGGGAGCUGGAAAUGGGAGCUACGACCCAGGAACGGGACGAAAUCUGGGCGGUGGAGGCGGAGGAGGAGGUAGUUCUGGAGGUGGCACCACCACCACCAGCGGCAGCGGAACAUCCAGCGGGGGAAAUCGACCCAAGAUCCAUGGAGUCCGGGUCACCGUCGAUACGGGCGAUGGACAGCAGCAAACGAAAGAGUCCAAGGAGAGCGUUGAAAUUACGGAUUUGGGCAAGCACAAGAAGCGUGUGGGCAUCCACACGGACAUCACGUUCGAAAUAACCUCCGAUUCGGAUGGGAAUGAAACAAGCUCAGCUCAACAGCAGGGCGACAAGGAGGACGCCAGUGUGCCCAUUUACAAGGGUCGUGGUGGCAGCGACUCAAAGCACAAGGCCCGUAAACCCUAUGACCCGAAAUCCCAGUGGAAUCCCAACUUUUCCGGCGAGCAGCGUGGCUACCAGGGCUCCUCCAAUCGUGGUGGCUACCAGGGAUCCAAUCGCGGUGAAUACUAUCCGCAGUACUAUCCCCAGAACGUCUACACUGGGGGAAAUUCCGAUGCGGGCAGUAUCUACAGGAACGGGGAGACCUGGACGCACUAUGUGCCAGUUUGGACCACGGAGCGGGUGCCACAGGAACAGGGACAGAUCUAUAGACGACCCAGUUGGAAACCCUGCUAUUGCAUGUCAUCCGCGGAUUUCAGGCGGCGUCGGGAUAGCAAAGCUGGAAGGGAUCCGGUGGAUCAUCAUAAGGGUGUAAUCAACAGUGGGGUAGUCCAGGUGGUAGAUGGCAAGCUGGAGACACCCUUCUCCUAAGGAACAGCCCUUCACCCUAAUUAAAUUCUUUACAUUCCCUAACUUUUUUAAUAAAACUGUCGUUGUAUUUUUUUUUUAAUUUGA